GCAUGGAGUCGGCCGCGUCAUCACCGACAGAGCUGCAGCUAGGACCGCUGUACGGGCGCUACCGCCACUGGCGGUCUCCCCCGCCGCCACCAUCUGAUGCACCGAUGGAAGACGCUUCCAACCAACUUUCUGCUCCCGCUCCCUGUGCGCUAGUCGUGCAGUUCGAGGCGACAGCCCUAGAAGAUCUGCGUGUGGGCUUCGCACCCUCUCUUGAGGUCUCUAACGAGAGCUCUGAGGACGAUGAAAGGCACAAGAAGCCUCACAUCGACUGGAAGUACGAGGUGGCUGUCGGAACGAGUGGAAACACGGAGCUGGUGUGGCGGAAAUCGGCCUCGGGGCGCACCAAGGAGGUGGAUCUGGCCCGAGUCUUCACAGGCCGCACUUGCUCGACCCAGGAUUUUGUGGCGUAUUGGGUUGUGGUGGAUGUCAAGAGUGGAGCGUUGUCCUUUGGCGUGGGCGCUCAGGUAGGCGAGGACGUGCUCUCAACGGUGCAGGACCCGGAGUUUGUCCAUGUAACGCAGACAGCCUUCACGUCGUGGGACUCUCCGGUGUCUAUUCGAGGCAUUCAAGUCCACGGAGUCUACGAGGGUCAGACUGAGGUACUUGCAGCUGCUAAUAUAGCAGCAUUCCCUCCACCAAGGCCAAUGGUGCGCGCUGAUCCAUUAGGCAAGGAGGACUUACUGACGUCCGAACAACGCCAACAGUAUGAGGCCGAGUAUGCAGCUUCCAAACGUCGUGCCGAGAGAUUCGGAGCACCAUUUGCACCGCCCGACAUCAAAAAGUUCCUGGAUCCUAGAGAAGUGAGGAAGCUCCAGCGUUCCGGCGCCAUUGUGCCUGGCUUCUCGACAGGUAUCGACAUUACGAGUCAGGAGGAGCAGAGCAAGCGCGAACAACGAAUGAAGCGCUUCGAUACCCCGCAAUUUGCUGUGGAGUACACAGCUGAGACUGCUAAAGCGUUAGAGCAGGGAAUGACGCAGGAAGAAUGGGCUGAGAAGCAGCGAGACCAGGAGAAGCUGCGUGCUCGUGCGCAGAAGUUCGGACUCUCGGCUGAAGAAGACCAUUCGAAUGUGGUCCCGACGGGCAUUAAAGCAGCCUCUGCUAAAGUACGCCGCGAAAGAUACGACGUCAAGGCUCCAGUGGUGGAGGGGCAGUCGGUGCUGUUUCGUGACGAUGCAUUGCACAUGUACUCGCUAGACGAGAAGUUUCAGCAAGUCCGGACUAGUGACGUGAUGGAUUACUUCGUUGGUUACGGCCCCGCUUACGUGGAAUGGUUCAACGACAGCUCGUGUACCAUUGUGUUCCAGGACAACUUCACUGCUGCUAGAGCGCUCAUUGCCUUGAGUCAGGAGAUCCCACCGCAGACUUUGAAGCAGAAGAAGGAGAAGACUGAAGAUGCCUCCGCGCUGGUAGAAGAUGUCGAUAUGGCUGAUGCAGAGGCGUCUGCUGACGACGCUGCGAUGGCAAUGGAAGUUGAAGAGGAAGUGGAAGUCCCUGAUGUUGAGUUCAACCGCUCGCAGUGGCAUCUGGGUAACCCUAUUGGCAGUCAGACGCAGCCUCGCGACAAGAAGUGGCGUGUGUUGCUGCGUAAGGCCACAGACGAUGACUUUCCUCCUGAAAAACUCCCUAAGAAGGGCACGUAUCACUCUCGUGACAGCCAGCGUCAUGACUCGCGUGGCAGUCGUCGUCGCAAUGACCGAGAGUAUGGAUCGUCGUCUCGACGACGUGGUGGAGACUCAAGAGCUCAUCCUUACGGUGAGUUCCGCGAGGACCGACGUGGGGAGGAACCGUCCGGCCGUCGUCGUCGCAAUAAGAACGAUGAUCGCGACACUGGUAAACCGUCAAAGCGUAUUCGUGUGAAUGCCGACGGCUCCAUCAACAUUGUGCGCGAUGAACAAGCUGCUUCCAGUGAAGCAGCGAGUGCGAGUAAACCUGCCAGUGUCCCUAAGUCCGAACCAGCUCCGGCUGUCGAGUAAACUCGUUCAGCCCGCUGCCUGCAUAAACACGUCACGAACUCCAAGCCAACUGCAGCCGGAUCACAGCUAUAA